AUGCGGAAUCCACUGUCCUUACACUCGGGUUUGGGUUCUCUCCUCUUCCUCAGCCUUGUCCCUGUUGCUCUAUCACUACCCGUCGGUGGCGGUAAUGGAUGGCCGCCCUAUGGCUUCCAGGACCACAGCUUCCAGGACCACAGCUUCCAGGACCACAGCUUCCAGAACUAUGACUUUCAGAGCCAAAACCCCAGCCAGUGGCCACAGUCUAGCCUCCAGAGUGUCGUAACUCAACAAGGUCCGAACGUCCCUCAACAUCAGUUUCCUCAACAGCAUUUGUGGGGCUUCGGGAACGCCCCACAACUCGCGCAUGUCCCUCAACAUCAGUUGCCUCAACAUCAGUUUCCUCAACAGCAUUUGUGGGGCUUCGGGAACGCCCCACAACUCGCGCAUGUCCCUCAACAUCAGUUGCCUCAACAUCAGUUGCCUCAACAUCAGUUGCCUCAACAGCAUUUGUGGUCCUACGGGAACGCCCCACAACCCGCGCAAAUUCCUCCAGGAUUCAGUUCAACAUCUCGCAUUCUUCCUGACGACGAAUGGAACCGUUUUGUCUCGAAUUCUGCAUUGCAAGGCCCUCCUCGGAGAGAAUCGCUAAUCCCUCCACCUCUUCCACCAUCUCAUGCCGGUUGGUACCCUUCAUCUUCCGAAGCGCGUGAAUUCCUCGAACCCGGACCGAGCUACAACCACGCGGUUGAGCUCAGACAAAAUGCAGAAGGAGCUUUACAGAGACAGAAUGAACCUGAUGUUCCACUCCACGGUAGUGCAGCAACUGCAAUGCACAGCCGAGUCUCCAACAAGGGAGCUUCGAGCUCGGGCACAACCUACAAACUAGGACCAUACCGCUUCAAAACCCCUGAAGAAGUCGAGCAGUACGCCCAGAUUAUGCGAAAAAAAGUGGAUGAACCCAAUUCUUUCAAUAGCUUCAAGUACAGUGCCUCUCCGUUGGAAAAGGAAAUUGAGUCCAAAAGAGGUCCAGGCCGCCGAACUACCUUUCGUAACCUCAAGAACGAUGUCUUUGAGAAAAUCAACGAAAAAAUAUUCAACGGAAAACUAAUAAAAGUUAAUUCCUUAGUCUUUGGUAAAAAUAUUUGGAACGAGCACAAGAAGUCAGUCCAUCAGCCUAGCCGCGUACUCCCUUUCGUUGAAUUAACGCCACAACCAUUGCCGAAAAAAGCAGGUACCAUUAAAAAUGUCCGGAUGACCGCUCACCAUGUUCGGAAGAAGUUGGCCCAAGAAGCAGCUUCUGUGGGAGCAGACGGGUCGGUUAAGACGUUCUACCACUUCUGGGGCAUUCCUGAGGGUCGCGAUCCAAACUCUCAAAAGACCGUCGAUCACUACGGCAUGGGCUAUGUAAAGCCCCGCGACUUCAAAGCAGUGAACGAUCACCUAAAUGCGAUGACUGAGGCUGCUAAGCGCUUUCACUAG